GAAUGGUCGGCGAAGCGGUGGGCCGAGUAGCGUCAACGCUGUACAGUUGUUGUGGGAGACGGCCGGCGAGAAUCUGGCUUUAGCGGGCGCUAGGGAACCUGAGGAGGGAAGUGGAGCGGGGUGUGCUUUUAUUUUAAACACCUUCCCGACCCUGUUUUUUUAUAUACCACCCCACCCUCCGUUUCACUAAAGUUUUGUUUGCGUUGUAGUUGGCGGGGUGGUGGUGGGGGGCGAGGGGGGAAUAGAGGAAAAAGUAGUUUCGGUCGUCAGCCGUCAUGGGCCUGAGGAAGAAAAGCAAAAAUCCUGCCGUCCUCAGUCAUGAGUUCGUGAUCCAGAACCAUGCGGACAUCGUGUCGUGUGUCGCGAUGGUGAUUCUGCUAGGGCUGAUGUUCGAGAUCACAGCCAAGUUUGCCAUCAUGUUCAUCACCGUACAAUACAAUGUUACAUACACCAACGUAGAUGAGGAAAUUGAUUCUAUCAACUUCUAUGAAUAUGGAUUUAAAGACUUGGCCACCAUAUUCUUUUAUAUGUUGAUAGCUAUCAUUCUACAUGCUGUGAUACAGGAAUAUAUUCUCGAUAAAAUAAAUAGACGGCUGCAUUUGUCCAAAACGAAGCACAGUAAAUUCAAUGAAUCUGGUCAGCUGGCAUUCUUCUAUUUGUUCUCCUUUAUCUGGGGUGGAAGCAUCCUGAUUGGAGAGAAAUUUACCACUGAUCCUACUCUCUUAUGGGAAGGAUAUCCACACACACACAUGUUUUUUCAGGUGAAAUUUUUCUACAUUUGCCAGAUUGCCUAUUGGCUCCAUGCAUUACCAGAGCUCUAUUUUCAGAAAGUUAGAAAGGAGGAUAUCGCUCGACAGCUGUACUACAUUUGCCUUUACAUAUUCCAUAUUACUGGUGCCUAUGUAUUAAAUCUUCACAGACUGGGCUUGAUUCUCUUAGUGCCGCAUUACCUGGUAGAGCUCUUGUUUCAUGCAUCACGAUUGUUUUACUUCAGUGAUGAGAACAAACAAAAGGGCUUCACACUCUGGGCUUUACUUUUCGUAAUGGCUCGCCUCCUCACUUUGACUUUCUCUGUCCUCACAUUUGGCUUUGGCCUUGCAAGAGCAGGGACUGAAGACUUCUCAGUUGCAAAUGGAAACUUCAAUACAUUGACUGUCAGGAUUAGUUGCUUAGCUGCUAUUUGCCUAACACAAGCAUGGAUGAUGUGGAAGUUUAUCAACUUCCAGCUGAAGAAGUGGAGGGAACACACUCAGAAUCAGAUCCCCAGAAAAAAAGUUACUAAUACCAAGAGCAAACCUUCAAAAAAAGAGUAUAACAAGGCUAAUGCAUCAAAUGGAACAGUGAAAACAGAAAGUGGAACCUCGCCACGUGCAAGGAAAGCAAAAGCUUCAUGAAGUUGGAUUUUAAAAAUUGGCGAAUUUGAGGGGAAAAGAACUGUGAUGAUCACAAAUCUCUUCUAUCUUAUCACACCCCUAAACCAGUCUACUUUCAUUUCUAUAUGCUAAACAGAGUUGAGCAAACAAAGCGAUGGCUGAUCCUGUGAGAGAUACUCUCUCUGUGCUCUGAUAAACAAAUGAGAUGUGAAACUCUUGCUGCUGCAACAGGUCAGCUGUUGGAUUAGGCCUUGAGUGGUAAAUACUCAGCUUUGGGGUGCAUGCCUGUAGAUUUUUUUUUUGUUCUUAUCAGUUUUAAAUGGCAGCUGGAGGACACUUAAAUGAUGAACAAGUGGUUUUGUUCAUUCCGGUGAGAUAGAAAUCAGCCAAUUGGAUGUCUUAACCAAAGGCUGUUGUGGGUCCAGUUACCAAGGCAAAUAGGCAUCAAUAUUGGAGUUGCUAACCAUGUGUUGUGAGUUAUAUAUGAAAAUUGUCUUAUUAGCUGGAAACUGGGCCAAUCACAGCUACAAUAAUUUAUUCUUGCAUUUUCUGUUUCCUGCCCCUUUCUGAUGCUUUGUGGUGAUGUGAUGCUUAGAUUUCAAGAAAUAUACAACAAGCACACCAAAUCCUAACAAACUGAAUACAAGUUCAAAUGGAAACUGUAAUUUUGCUCCCCACACUGUUUUUCCUAACACUCUUGAAAAAUGACUGUCAUCCUGACUGGUUAUUAUGUAUCGGUAUCCAUUGUUGCACAAAAGACAUGUUGAUCAGAAGUAAUCAUGAUGUCCCUGAAGAUGAUGAGGGUACAUCAUUGGAGAAUUGUCCACAUGACAAAAAGAGGCUUUAGCCCCAAUGUUUUUUGGUAGGUUGUUCAAACACCCAAUUAGUCUCUUGCUGUAGGUUUUCUACAGCUUGUUCAGUCCAUUAUGUGAGCACUUUUUUUUGUCUCAAGUUUGAUAAAUGCUGCCAUGAAUAUCCAAACUAUGUGGGGUUGUUUUACUUUUGUGGCUUUAGAAGAUAAUGUACGUAUUUGACAUACAGUCUUUAACCCCCCUCCAAGUUUUUUUUUAAGUGUCCUUGAUGAGAAAUGUAAAAAUGAUCAGCCAAAAACAAACAUCUUGCAAUUAUACAGUAACUUUGCAACGUAUUGUUUUUCAAUGGGGAGUCUUUUUAAUUUUUUAAGUAAACAAACAACUCUUUCCUGCUUUGUGUUUUGCUAUUUUUGUUGCUUCAGGCCUCUGUCAGGGUAGUGCUUUGCCUGUAGGUCUGUGAUGGGAACUGUGCCUUAACCUUGACCAGUUUGUCUACUUCUGUAGUUAUGACAUGAAAAGGCAUCAGAGUUUUUAAACCAUCAUGACCCUAGUCCAUUUCACUGUUAAUUAUUUGCAUUCAAGCAAAAUGACUUAAGCAUUUUUAACUAACGUUUAUUUUGAUCAAAGAAGAAAUUGUUUUCUGUUUUAAAUGGCUCUGGAACAUACUUUGUUUUAAAUGGCUUUUAUCACCAAUAGUAAUUUGCAUAACAAGUAAAUAUUUUAAAACAUAUCUUCAAAACCUAUGUUGUAGGGUCUGCUUUGCCCCAAAAUGGUUUUACAGAUUAAUUCUCUCUUGGCAUUCUCCCAAGUUACUUUCCUUGUUUGGGAUCCCCUGUUUAGGAAAAUGUGGCACAUUUUUACUUUGGGACAUGUUAAUGGUAUUUAUAAGAGAGAAGAUGUAAGGGACUAUUUUUACACAAUGUUUUUAGUUCACAGCUCCUGUUUAACAAAUGUAUAUCUUCAAAAGUUACUUUAUACGAAUUUUCCACUCUUUCACAAACUCUUAAUAGUUUGUUCCUUUUUCUACCAAAUGCUCCAAUUAAUUUCUUCAAACCAACCUAAUUUGGAAAUUUUCAGUACCUAAAUAGAGCCUGGUUUGCUAGCCAUUUGUUUUUCUCAGAAUCACUAGUAUACACGUACCGAAGUUAUAGUGCAUUCAUGUAUAUAAAACUUACCAAAUGAGUAUCUUUACACAGGCUUACUUUCCUAACUGUCUGUACCAAAUGUACACAUCCUUGAGUACAGAAUCGCCUUAUAUACGAGCGUACACUGAUUCUUUUGUUCUGAAUCAGUGUAUGUACACUUCAUAUUCUAUCAAAACACUUGGUGUGUACAGAUGACCAUGUGCCAUAUUAUUGGGAAUGUAUGCAAAGACAUGCAUGUGCCCAGUAAACUAAUACUUUAAUCUGUCUGUAUUCAAUCACCAUGUACAUCACCAUUUAUUUAUAUAAAAUUAACUAUGUACACCCUUGUACAAUGAACCGCUAAGUAGAAUAAACUUACCUGUUUGUCUUUCUAUGCAAAUAGAAAGUUUUAAGGUUCUUUUAAAUCUCUAUAAACAAUUCCAUGAAUUGUUUCCUAAAACAAUGUUUGAGGUGAAUCCCACAAUUACAUACUGAUUAACACAAUGUGUUGGUGCCUAAAUUGGAGCACAGUCCAAGCUUCUCAUCCCUGCCUGCUACUGUGAAUGUUGCAUGUAGAAUCAACAUAGAGGAACGUAAAAUACUUGAUAAAAUGCUGUUCUACCAUCUCGUUCUUGUGUUUGGAGUGGAGGAUAAAAUCUCACAUGACAAUGGUAUCAUUGUUUUCAGCUGAAUUGUAGUAUCCCAGAUCUGCAACAGUGGGGAGUUUCCUCUUGUCUAUGUUGGAACAUUUGUAUACAGACAUUAAAUAUGUACUUUCUGUAGACUGGAAAAAAGAUGACUGCUGCUGUGCUUAACUGGUACUUGAGGGAGACAGGACAUUGUGUGACCAACAGGAUGGGCAGCGUUGACAAGAAUAUUGAUCCUUAUCCGUAAGGAAAUACUGAAACUUCAAUGAGAUAUUAAAAAGCAGACAUUUUCCAGUUUAUAUUCUUACAAGUCCUAUAAAUAAAUUUGAUUGUGUUUUUUCUCUUUUUAAAGAAAGGGGACAUUAUCGGUGAACAGCUUAGACUUUAUUAUGUUGACAUGAGACAAAACCAUUUAGCUGGUUACAGAAAAAAUGACAAUGGUCUUGAAUGUCAGAAGCCUUUCCAAACUCAGUCAUGUAAAUGUAGUUCAUUUUGUUUUUCUAAUACAUUUUGUGAAUCAAUGUAACUGUAAUAGCUUCUUGUUCCCAGACCAUUUACCUUGGCCUUCUGAUAAAUUUGUGGCUAGGGCAGUGGGAGAUUUUUUUUCCUCUCUGCUGGUACAACAAGAUUGUUCAAGGUGACUUAUUUAAUUUCACAUCGUUUGUUAUUUUUGUUAUAUUUUGAAUUGCGGGUUGUAGAACAGUGUCAUGUUUUUGAGUGCUACUCUGAACAUAUGUUCAAAUACCAAGCUCUUCUGUACGUUUGACGGCAGGGUCUUGUAAGUUUAACAUACAUUUUGAAUCUGUUAUAAAACCACUUUCUGUAAUCUGGAAAAUAAACUUGUUGCUUCAUCUGUGACAUUUUAAA